AGACAAACCGAGAACAAUGCGACGGGCUCCCAUUCGGAAACGGGGCCACGGAGGCCCUUGAGCCGAGAGCCGAGAAGAGGAGCAGUAGCAGCAGAAGGGAAGAAGCGCAAAGGCGAGAGGGCAAGCAAGCGAGCAACCAGCGAGUCAGAGACAGGGACACCCGAGGCUCGAAGGGGGACGACGACGACCAGGAAGCAGAAGGAGGAGGAGGAGAAGACGCUUUCGUGGAGCAGGAUUAGUGCUGCAGCCAGGCUGUUGUCGUCGUUGAUGUCGUAGAGCAGAGCACCACGACAACGAAGAAGAAGAAGGGGCGGAGGGGGAGGGGGAGGGGACGAGGUCUUGCAGUCGUUGCUCGAUGCUGGUGGAAUGAGAGUUUAGUUUCUCAGCAGCGGCGUCUGUCUGUCUGUCUGUCUGUCUGUUAGUCAGUCGAAACGUGCGAUCAUCAUCGUCGCCGUUCGACUGCGGGGGCACAGCGAGGAAAGGGAGGGAGCUCGAUGUGUACAGGUUGGAACGAACUCGAGCAGGGGAUUGAUUGCACCGAGCCAGCAGCUGAGGCAGGGCGAGAGGGGCGAGAGGGGCGCCGGGCGUAGCGUUCCUGCUGCUGGUGUUUACGGUGCGCGGUCGCGUCUCGGGGAGGGGCAUUAUUCUUCGGGCGGUGUGAAUUGAGUUGGAAAGCUGUUGGGGGGCAAGAGAGGACGAGAUAUGGAGGCGAAGGCGGACGACGAGCAGGAAAGAAUUCAGCAGUUUAUGGAAAUUGCUGGAGAACCUGCCAACCUGGCACGGCAGUUUCUUCAGGCAACCAGCUGGCACUUGGAGGAAGCAAUACAGCUCUACUUUGCCGGGGGUAGUGAAGCGGUGGGGCUAGCUGCGGCAGCAGCUCCCGCCGCCGCUGUGCCAUCAACUUCUGCUCCCGACUCGUCUCCUCCACCGGAUCUUGCACCUGCCCCAGUCGUCCGUGCACCAGAAAGCCCGAAGGAUACGAUCGGAGAGAACUAUGUACGGCCACCUUUGCCAGUUAAGAGGGAGGUCCUGUAUGAGGACAUAUUCCAGCUCAGGGCCCAUCGCAUGGCCCAGACUCCAAAUCAACCUACAUCUGUAGAUGCAUUUCGAAAUUUCGAGGACGAAGCCAAUCAGCGGGCAACUUGGGGAGCAAUGGAAGCCAGCAAUAGUGCUUCUCCUGGUCUUGGAGGCAUGAAGGACUCUUUGGCUGCUCUUUACCGGCCUCCUUUCGAUCUUAUGUUUCAGGGUACUUUUGAGCAGGCCAAAAGUGAGGCUGCAAGACAGGGGAAGUGGUUGUUGGUGAACCUUCAAUCAACCAAAGAGUUCUCCAGUUAUACGCUCAACAGAGAUACCUGGGCGCAUGAGGCGGUGAAGGAAACUGUCAGCAUGUCUUUCGUAUUCUGGCAGGUUUAUGAUGACACCGAAGAAGGACGAAAAGUGUGCACCUACUAUAAGUUAAAUACUAUGCCAACCACCUUAGUUUUGGAUCCUCUUACGGGCCAGAAAAUGCGAGCCUGGGAAGGCAUGAUCAUGCCUGACCGGUUACUGGAGGAUCUGGUCCCCUAUUUGGACAGGGGACCAAUGGAAAAACAACUACCAGCUAUCCCACCACAAAAACGUCCGCGUGAGUCAGCAAAGAAACUCAUCGAGAUUCCUAGAGAUGCAGAAGUUGAGAAAGCGGAAAUGGACGAAGAGGAGGAACUUCGUCGGGCUUUGGCUGCCUCUUUGGAGGAUGCUAGUGCUCCUGUGUCUGAAGGGAAAGACUCAACGCAAGAAGCUAAGGCUGAGGGAAGUGCCAGCGCUUGUGGAGCUGAAGAGCAGCGAGUUAGCGAGGCUACUGUGCCUAAACUUAGAACAUAUCCCAUAUUGCCAGAAGAACCUGCUGCUAAUAAUACUGCAGCAUGCAGAGUUGCUGUUCGACUACCUGAUGGUAAAAGAGCACAACGGAGAUUUCUGCGUUCAGAUCCUAUACAGAAUCUAUGGUCUUUUUGCUGUUCCCAGGUACCGGAGGCAGCUCAAGGGAGGUCGUUUCGAUUAUCGCAAGCAAUUCCCGGUGGUACCCCAUUCAAUUUCAACGAUGUAACGAGCAUACACGAAGCUGGGCUCGGGAAUGCAAUGAUUGCCAUGACUUGGGAUUGAACUCACCCGGCAUGGUUAGAAUUGUUCUAUGCAGAAAUUUUGGUUAUUAUGUGUUUUAGUUUUGUCUGGCAUGGAGAGUUUCUACUGUCCCCUUGGCAUUGUUGGAAUGUAAAGUCAGUAACUUGAACCGAUGUCGUUGUUCUCCAUGUAUGUUCAUGUUUCGAUUUGAAUUGUUGGAUUUUAGAAUUGAU